AUGUCCAAACGAUCCGGAAAAACAUCUUCUCAUAUCACAUAUGAGGACAAUAACGAGGAGCUAAUUGAUGAAAUUAAUGCGUUUCACGCUAAAGAUCGUGCGAUUGAUCCAAAAUCAUUGCGGAAGAAGAAGGUAUGGGAUCGUCCUGAGGAAGUUCUAAAUGUCGAAGCAGAAGCUUCUGAUAGUAGCGAUGAAGAAGAUGAAUCAGAUUUUGAUGACGAUGAAGAUACGAAAGUGACGGAUAAUAAAUGGGGAAAGAAAAGGAAGGACUUCUAUGGUACCGGCUACGUUGAUAAGGAAUGGGGAGGCAUGAGAGAAGAGGAAAUGGAGCAUGCGGAAUUGGAAGAAGAAGACGCUUUGACUAGACAGAAAAAUCUCGAUAAAUCUACAGCUGCGAUUGCUGAUAUUUUCGAUGACGACGAAGAAGAUGAAGUUGAAGAAGUCACGGAAAUUGAAACUCAAUUUGAUUUCAAUGAGGAAAACGCCAAAUUAAAGCAUAAAAAGCUCGACAAACUUAUUGCACAAUAUGCGGCUAGAAAGCGAAUCUACGAACUUGUCGUCAAACCGCUGGAUUCGGUUUUGGAGAAAAUGCCAAAUUGUGCGUUGAGAAGCCAAAUUGUCUAUGUUGCCCGGACAUAUGCCGUGUACUUAAUGAACGUUGCGUUCAUAAUAAAACUACGAGCUUCUCAAUUCACGAAAGAAAAUUUAGAUGACCCUUUAGUUGAUAUUCAUCCUGCCUUUGAAGCACUCAAAAGGCUUAAUAAGAAAAUCGAAGCAUGUGAGAACUUCUUGAAUACACACUCAGAAGAGCUUGAUGAGCUUAAAUCUUGGGCCAAGUCUUCUCCGGAGAAGAUUGAAGAACUUUGCACGAAAAUUUCAGGUGUUUCAUUGUCGAAGAAAGCGCACAGCGACAAUGAGAGCAUUGGAGAUCAUUGUGAGUCCGCGGAAAAUGGAGUCUCGUCGAUGUACACAACGCUGGAUAGCGAAGAAAAGAGAAAGGCGGAUGACCGAAUUGCGAAGAAUAAGCAGCUCCGCGACAAAAAGGGCAAAAAGAAGGCAAAGACCAGCAAGACGAAAAACCGGAAACGGGUGCACGAGAUCCAGAAGCGGGUCAAGUCGCAAGUCGGAGUCGUUCGGCGGGAACUUCAAAAGUAUUCUGGAGAGGCGAGUGGCAUCCGCGCAGCGACCAUCAAGUCGACAAAGCUUAUUGCUUAA